AUUUACUUUGCCAGAGAAUUAUAUGAUAGAAAAUCAAACAGGAUUCAAUAAGCAUUUGUUAGUAUUGUACCAUAUAAUUUUAGACAAGAUACUUGACUAUUCCAAUGAUAGAUCAAUAUUGAAGCAAAUAUUUAAUGUAGGUUUAAAGAUCAACUCAUUAUCAGUAUUUAAUGGUGUAUCAUCUCCCAAGUAUUCUGUAAUCCUUGCAUUUCUUCCACUUUUUUUAAAUAAAUUGGAUAUCGAUUCUAUUCAAGAGUUUAUUGUACCGCUUUUUCCCGAAUGCAUAAAAUCUUUAGUUUAUAAUUUGAAACUACCCAAGCCAAUAAUUAAAUCACCACUAACAAGUAACAAAAAAGAUCUCCCAGUUCAUAUCAUUCAAGAUAUUUUACUCUUGGUCUCAAAUCAAAAUGAUACUACAAAUCUUCAAAAACUAAAUAUAGCCUUGGUAUGCAAACGUUUCUAUAGCAACAUUUCAAACAUUAUGAAUAGUUCAAAUAAUGUACCAUUAUCAAUUCCAAACUAUACCUUAAUAAAGGGUGAUUUAUUUGGUAAAUUUUCAUUAUUAAAGAGUGAAAAUUUAAAUUACCUUAAAGUUCUCAUCAAAACUCCGGGAAUCUUUAUCUACAAUAUCGAUUUUUCAGUAUUAAACUCAAAAAAUUUCCCAUCACUCAAAAUAAUAGAAUUUAAAAACUUUAAUGAACAUAUUCUAGAUACCUCUUUCAUUCAACCAUUGACCAACCAUAAAUCAU